AAUUUCGUACACGAUCGAUUCACGCAGACCUCGACCAGUGUGCUUACUUCCAACCGUUGCCUUGGAUUCGAAGCGUACAAACAAACAAUAACAACAAAAAGAGACGCGAAAAUUUCGGUAGUACGGUGUGCUUGCAUCAAAAGUCGUAUAGUUCAGUUCAGUUUUUAAAAAGAAAUCUUUCCCCGUACGAAAAAUGAUAAGUCGGGCAUGUGAAAAGAGUGCCGGCAACCAUAAAUGUGUAUCGCAAUGUAAUCGUGCUUUCGUACAUAAAGAGAACAUUUCACGUACCGCCACGACGCCAUGUCGGCCAACGACCUCAACCUGUAAAAACCGGAAAAUAGCUUAAUGCCCUGUACAUUGAAGUAAUAUGUACCAUUCGAAGGAUCUUUCACUUUCCCAGCUUUUUGGUUGAUAUAUUAAAUCUAACAAAGUACUAUUCGAUCAUUGCACUCAAACAAUCGAUCUUUCGUGAUAAAGCAACAAUGGAUGAUUUUGAUUCCGCAACGUAUUCCAUUGAAUCGGAACCAGAGCAAAAACGAGUAUCCCUUGAUGAUGUUAUCUUGCCAACCGUACGACGCAGUGCAAUACAGAUUGUUUCCCUGUCACCUCGCCGCCAAUCGAAGCGUCCUGUACCUUUGACUACUGUCGGUGCCGACAACAGCACGAUGCAAGUAACGAAGCUAGUACUGAAGACGCCACCGGGCAGCCCAAAACGCCAACCUAAAACACCCGGCAUAAUAAUAAAAUCGAUACAAACGCUCGCUGGGCCGGGUUUGACCGGGGCUGGUAAUCUUGAGCGUGAAAGCGUGGUGGCGAAAACGAACAACGUUUUAACGGAAAAACGAAACAUGCCCAUACUAGCAUCAGAAGAUCCGGCCUCUUAUCGCAUCAUACCGAUACUCUCUCCUCAGAAUAAAGAUGUCAAAAAAGAGUUCGAAGUGCGACGAAGUGAACGUGAGCGUGCAACGAAUGAUUUUCAAGACUUCCUGCGUGAAAGCUUUAAGGAAAACAAAACUCCCCCCUCUACACCACCCCCUCUGUCAUCUGUUCCUGCUUCCUCGUCAGCAAUUGAAAUCAUCCGUAGCUCUGACAAGGGAUCUUCAGACGCAGACAGUACAUCUGUAAUCAGCGUAAAUCAACUCAAAAGUACCGGCAAGACUGGUAUUCAAAUGGCAACGAAAGAAGAAAUAAUAACAAUCAAAACUCAGCCUGCUAUUCCAGACGCUCAAUUAAUGCUUGCAACGCAGCAGGCCGCAGCAGAUCAGUAUACGCUGCUAAUACAAACACAAAAACCACCAGAGACUAUUCGACCGUCCAACGAAAUGUUCACAACGGAAAGUAUUAAACCGUCUCAAGGUGAGACAACAACACGUAGUAGUAUUAUUAUGCAUCCACCUCAAGUUCUGAAUCAAGAAUCUCAAAUUGCUGUCGAAUUAGCAAAACCACCAGUAAGUAAUGCUACGCGCGCCAAACCAUCCUCUAAACAUGUUUCUGGUAGUGCAAAAACUGGCGUAGUUGAAGAAGCCAAGAAAAAGGAGAAAUCUUACGAUCCUGCAAAAGCGCGCGAAUUUAUGAAAGAGCAACAAGCGAAACGACGUUUGGAGAAAAAGGAACCUCCUAUUGGGACAGAUGGCAGUUCCGUUGAAAAGGAUCUUAUCAAGCAGCGGCUGGAAACUCUACGCCAAAGCUCGCAAAAGUUGGUGACGAAAAAUUUACAAAAAGCCCGCCAACGUUCAGUGUCUUGUGCACCGAAAGAAGCGCCCAACAUGAACAGAAAAAUCCCAACGGGUAAAAUCAAAGGUCCAGCUUCCGCCCAAUGCAAUGAUCGUACAUCAUCAAAUCGACCGUCGAUGGGAUUACGCAAAUUUGCCUCCACACCAACAUUGCGAUUGAUAAAGAAACAAAAGGACCCGCCAGAAUUAAAGCCUGCAAACGCACCAAAACCCACAGAAAUUGCACUGCCAGCGAAAGAAUCUUCACCAACCGUUUCUAAGCCAUCGUCAGCUGGUAGUCGAGGUAGUGAUGCGCGAAUAGGUAAAGACUCUUCUACCGGUAGAUCGGCCAAUCCAUCCAGCGCCAGUUCGGUGAGUAAAGCAAGUCUUAAAAUUGGCAUUCUGCGCAAACCGGACAAUUUGACGUUGGACGAUAUUGCUCAACCAAGUCCACUGAAGGAAUCGCAAGCUGCUUCAAUACCACCAACCACCAAACCAAAGGUAAACGCCCAGCUAAUAGUGAUCAACGCCGACCAAGACAUUACAGAACCCGCCAAGGAAGCAGAAAAAGAAUUGAAACUCCAAGUGCCAGAUGUAAUGCUUGUGCCGACAACUGCCAGUACACUGCCUGUAAAACAACAACACGAAAGCCUUGUGGCCCCUGUGAAGGAUGAAGAGCAUUCUACACCAGUGAUACCUCAAUCACUGCCGAUCAAGAACAUUCCACCUUGGCUAAAACAAUCCCUACGUCAGCCUGAUCCGUAUCCAUUUAUAUUGGCAGUGAGGAAGAAGCUUGAAGCGGUUCAGAAUGUCCGAGAGGAGAACAAACCCACCAACAAUCAAGAACAAAAGAUAAUGCCACAAAUGCCCAGCUCACGAUAUAGUUCUUACAUGAACGAAAUCGAAAGUGUGCCCUUCAUCCGGAAGAAACCAACUACUGAUGGUCAGCAUGCUGAAGUAAAUGUUCUAAACAAACGUCAAUUCAGUACGGGUCAUGAUGAAGGAUCAUCGAUUGUUACUAGGAUAUCACCAUAUUCUUCACCGAAUACUACGUCCGAGAUUAGUUCCAUCAAAUCCGACAUAGCUCUGCCACUGCCUCCUCUGCUCAGCAGUACCAAAAUCGAGAUACCGCACGAACCUUAUUGCCCCACUAAAACUGGUGGUCCGAUUAGUCCGCUAUCGGUGGAUAAAGUUUCCCAAAUGAAAGUCACUACACCGGGAAACAAUACCAUCAGGUCACCAAACCACAACGUCGAUCUAAAGCCAGUGGAAAUCAGAAGAAACGAAAAGACUAGACCCUCAAGUCCACCGCAUUCUCAUGGCAUCGUUCAACAAUCGCUUAAUAUGUCUAACAUGGAUCGAUCACAGAAAGAGUUAGAAUAUCAACGUUUAUUGGAGUCAUUUAAUCGAAGCUUGACACACGUGAUCGAAGUCAACCAACAGCUCUACUCGGCAUUAAAGAAUGUUCCAACGGCGGCAGUAAAUCCACCAUUCCCGCAGGAUGUGCUACGAAUACGCGACGAAAUGACGCAAACUUCCCUAGCGUUACCACGCAUUCCAAAGGUCUCCGUUGCGGAAAAGGUUGAUUCUGCCCCGCAAAGUACUAAAGUUUCUGAAGCUACCACAACUACUGCUUCAAACUAUAGCGACGACUUUGAGCAUCAAAGUCAAACAGAAGCACCACCACCACCACCGGAACAAACACCUAACGAUACAGUAGCCUCAUCCUCCGCAUCAUCGACGACAACCUCAUCGUCGGGUAGUUCAUCAUCAUCAUCUUCUGCAAACAGCAGCGCGAGAAGCGACACUGGCGAUAGUAAUACGAAAAGCUCACAGUCCCACACAACUUCAUCAUCCUUCAAUAACGAUCGCGUAGCGUCACCCCGAGGCGUACAAAAUCGCCCAGAAACUAAUGCCACCGACGAUGAACGAAAAGCAACUAGCAACACUACAACUGCGCAUUCUAGUGACUUCGAUUCUCGAUCAUUCAGCCUUUCGGAUAGCCAUAAUAACACGACGAACAAUCAUCCACCGAUGCCGGAAGAAUAUUUACCAUCGUUCGAGGAGAGCUUACGUAGGAAACAAUUACCGCUUGAUAUACAUGAAUUCGACGGACAAAGGAAGAGCAACCAAAUAGAACGCAAUAUUGAGCCCAAGGAAGUCUCACAAGAGAGCAGCAUAAGCGAGGAAAUACAGCAUAGCCAGGGCGAGGAAAUCUCCUUUAGUUUUAAACAUGGGGAACAUGCAAACGAUCUGAAAGUGAACUCUGUGCCAUUGAUUACGAGUUCUUCGGAUGAAAGUAUUAUGAAGAACGACUCGCAGACAAAAACGAACAAGGAUACGCUGGUUUACAUGGAGAAUGCUGAUGCCACUAUCAACAGCGAUCUUCUCACUGCCAUGUUCAAUAGAACUGACUUAGAAGUGUCGAUCCUUUCUACUACCGUUUCGGAAACAAACCUUAGCUAUUCUUCGAUUGGUAUGUUUGAUCAACUAAUUCAAUCCGAACGCAGCAAAGAGAACCAUCUGGUAUCGCGUGUACAUGCGAAACAGAAGGCCUUACUUAAUCGCGCCAAAGGACAACUAGCAUGGCUGGAAUUGCAGAAGCAGCGCUAUCGUGAAAAAGGUAUGACGGAUCAAAUAACGGCCGUUAAAAAGAAACAACGUGCGAUAUUGUUACGGCUCCAAAAGGAUCGAUCGGAGUUAAAUCGGGCAUUAAAAUCGUCCACAGAAUCGUCGCGUACCAUGACGGCUAAUGAUCCUGUGUUGUCAUCGAAAAUGGUCGAUAACAGACUUAACUCGUAUUGUUCAUCGCCGGUAGCCAAUCACUCCGGUUCGCUUACAUUGCGCAAAUCAUCCUCUAAUAUACGUAUUACCCGCCAGCAACACUCCCGUACACCGGAAAGUCCAAAUCGAAGAUUAGCGGGUACGACGACAACAACUACAAGCAAUUCUAUACAAAUAGCUGUACGUGGCAGGGAACUGGAACCAAACGAUCGUUUGGAGGACAUUUUAUUGAGAAGAGAAGAAGAAUUAAGAAAACGAAAGGAACAUGUACAGCGUUUGCUCGAAUGGCAUCGUAAGCUGGAGCGCGAAGAAGAAGAACUGAUUGCAGUAGAGGAUCGAUUACUAGCUUACAAUACUCGCAAGUUGGAUACUGCUAAUACUUCGUGCCAGGAGAUAACCAUUGAAGAACGAGUACAUAGAAUUGAGAAGAGUUUAAGAACUUUACAGAGUAUUCCACCUACUGUUGUUCGAAAAGUAGAUGAUGGUAUAUCCAUAACUCAAGAACACGAAGGACGUUCUUCCAGUGCGAAUGUUAAAGAAUCGGAAUCAGAAGAAGAAAUCGUAUUAACCGGAGGAAGCAAAUUAAACAAAUUUUGGUUCCGAUUAACUGGCAUCGAAGAACAGCGGUACGAACCGGGACGAAACUAUCCAAUAACACGACUGCAUAUGGAAACACUAUUCGAAGAUGCGAAAAAAUGUGUGCUGAAACGUUUCCAAGGAAAUGAUGGUCAUCUGAAGGAAGCGCUUCUAGAACAGUCGAUCAAAAUCAUUCCUCGCAAAGAAGUCGAAACGGAUGCGAAUACAACGGAAAGUGUGGAAGACACUGCGUCCUUGCAAAGCACGGCUAUUGGAGAAGUGACGGUACGUACUGCCGCGCAAUUGGCAGAGAAAGAGGUUACAGAAAACGAAACACCAAAUGAUACAGUAACGAUAAUAACGGAUGAAACAACGAACACGGAACAAACGGAGACUGUUGAUCAAGAGGAACCCGAUGCGAUGUCAGGUGAAUUGCCUCCGAUGGAAGAGGUGGACGACAAAUGUUUGCUUUCUUCAACUGUUAAUGCAUGGUCACCGGGUAGUAGAAAAAGCAUCGAAUCAGUUGAAUUUCACACGCUGGAAGAGACACCAACGCAGUAUCAAUCGAUCAUAGGGAACGAACCGGAUGCCACGAUGGAAGAAGAACCGGUGAAAAGCGAGAGCUAUUCUAUAACGUUCGAGGAUCAAUCUGUUGGUGACGUUGAGGCUGGUGAAGAAAGUCAACAAUUGAUCGAAGACAUGUCCCUGCCACCACUGCUGCUCAACAAUACAUCACUUAAAAUAGAUCCGGAAGAUUCUGCAUCAACCAGCAGCUGUGAAAGUAGCGCUACGGUUGAAUUGUCCGUUCCUCUAGCGACGGAGGAGAAAAUACUAGAAGAUAUACCUACCCAGGAUGGAAACGAUUUAGAUACGAUCAGCAGCGAUACAAGCAUUUCAAUCGCACAAUCCUUGGAUGAAUCAAGCGAUAGUAGUUCCGUUUCCAACGUCACGACUCCAACAACCGUUACACCCACGAUGUCAAUAGAAACUAACGACAACAAAAAUGUUUCAAAUACACACAAAAUCCAAGGUGACGAUAGAGAAGAUGUCAUGAAAAUUAUAUCUCCUACGAAGAGUACAUUGAUUACUUUGGAAACAUCGGAAAGUUCUUACGAGGAAGAGAUAUUUCACACAAAAUCCUCCAGUGCUUCUGGGUCUGCGCAUGGUACUACUUCCGAGUUAGCAAAGAGACUAGCUACACUGCACGAUGAGUUGGAAGAGCUGAGUGAAACACUCGAAAGAACACCUUUGAUGAAGUCCCCUGUAACAGUAGCUUCAUUUGCAACCAAAUCGGACCAUUUUGAGGAUCAAAACAGCUCAGAAGAAACUAUCACGUUUGAGUACGAUGAAGAUGGAGAUGGAAUUGGUUCGCCCUCGGGUGAUCUUACGAAGGACGUAGAUGGUAAACCGACGAACGAGGCAGCAGUGAACCAAACCUCUCCAAAAAUAGAAGUUAAGCUACGGUCAAAAGGAAUGGGCAACAGUGAUACAAUGGCGAUCGUUGCUGGUUCCAACUCAGUGUACAAUCGUGACUAUCCAGUACCAUCGCAGCAGUUGUAUCACCAUCAACCGGAGGGCAUGUCGACGUCAUCAUCAGUUCCCAACAUCGGUGUUCGAAUGCCAGACAUUAUCAACGAAGCAGAAGUCCUUCGUCGUCAACAGCUACAGAUCGAACAGGAGAUUAAGGAACUGGAGCAACAGGUCGGAUUUUUCCGUGAAAUCCCAAACAAACCACCACCACCGUAUAUCCCUCCGGCUAACGGCAGUCCACUAGCGUUGCUAUUUCCUUCCGAAACUCGAAUCGACGAACUGAUCGAUGGACGUGUUGAAGAAUUGCAUCGUGAUCGCAUCGCACCGGAAAACUUGCACUCAGACCACGUGACAAACGUGUAUGAGAAGCUGAUUCUGGACAUGUGCAAAGAAUUGUAUCACGAUUUGCGUCCAGCUGAUCCGACCGUUUCUUUCCGUACGAUACCGCAUGACAAGCGGCCGCUCGUGUUCCACAACCCUCCCGAUGCGUUGCGCUGCAUGAAAGAUUAUCUUCGUGUGAAAAUACGACGAGUAUUGAACGACGCACAGCUAGCCCUGCAACAGCAACAGCACCAGCACCAACAACAUCAGCUGCUGCUUCACCAUCAAUUACAACAGCAACAUCAGCAACAGCAUCCACAUUUGCCUCACACGCAACUGCAGCAUCAUCAUCUACUGCAGCAUGGUCACUGCACAACCACGAUUCCGUUUCUGUACGGAAACGGUUGCGCCAACAAGCGUAAACCGGAUCAAGUCGACGAAAUCCUUAAGCAGGAAACACACGACGACGACGCACGCUGGACCAACUUCGAUCGAGAAGAGAUCGAAGUGAAAGAUCGCAUUACAGACGAGUUGCUGAAAUCGCUACUUGCAGAAGCGCUACAGGAUAUGGGUGAAGCGUAUGAACGUAAGUGUGAAAACGAAAGUUUGAUUCAACGACAGGAAAGUGCCAUGUAGGAACGGUUAAUGCAUUUAAAACGAUGUACAAAUGACGUAUUUUAUAUGCGGAGUACGAUCGCUAACAGAGAGCACCCAACAACUGUAUGUGAUAGCAACUGAUUAUAAAUGCAUUUGUUAGCGUUAUAGUUUCUUUAUACUCACGUGCGUACAGUACGUUUUGCAACUUUAACGACUGAUUUUAAAAGGUUACGCGUAACAGUCGUGUAGCAAGAAUAUCAAUCCGACUGUUUAUAAUUUGCUCAAAUUUUACCUUACUUAAUUUUUACCACAUAGAAGUUUCUUUUUGUUAUUGUAAAACUUGCACGUCUAAUAAAAAAAGGGAUUUAAAA